GGUCCGGCGACAAGUGAUAUCGACGCCCAGGAAAAAGUAAAGGAAGGUAGUUGGAAGCGAAGGUAGUGCGAGCCACGUGAAACUGGUGGCUAUUUUGCCGGGUCGCUUGUAAAGGCUCGAAGCCCCCUGGUUUCCCGCGCACAGCACGAGCCGAGCACACACAACCACCCCGGCCAACCAACCAACGAGUCUACCCACCGCCACCAGCCCCUACACACAACAACCCAACGAAGCAUCCCCCACUCUGAAUCGCACAACAGCCUGAACGGAAGUGCUAGUCAGUCGGCGAGCGACCUUCCAACAUUACGGGUUAGGUUCCCUCUUUUUCCGCCCGUCGCGUCUUCGUCCUCAUUCAACAGGAUCGCGAGGACCUCCUGACUGGGAUACACGGCAGGUUAAUCGGUUAAAUAUCGAGGUUGCUGCUGUUGCACGUAGGAUAACGGAUGUGACGAUGACUAUUGAUGUACUUGCUAACUGAUACACGGUUUGUCGCAUUUCAGCCAAUGACCAGUGUUAAACAACAAUUGAAACAGAGAUGCCAUUUUGACAGUGACGGUGCGUAGUCGCGAUCAUCGUGCGAAUUCAUCAGGGAACGUGUUCUACAGUUGUGCGCGCGAAUCGUGAUAACCGGUGAGAAUAGAAACAGUAUUUCCUGCGGACAUCGAAUCAUCAACGUCGGAAGUGCUGAGCUGCUACGAUUUUUCAUCACCGCAGAGUCGAUGCGAAAGCACGACGAAUUGGCGAGAAAAUAUUGCUGACAGUUCGACACAAACAUCGGCAGAGGAUAAACUUGGUUAGCGAAAGGAAGAAACAGGGGAGCAAUCACUUGUGUACUUGUUGAACCGGCAAACACGGCGUCGUGUUUUUAAUAUUUGAUACUGGCCACAGCUGCAACCCGUUCCUCAAAGAUUUACAGGAUAAAAGGAAACUUUCUACUAGCUGUAUCGAGAAGUUAAACAUGCUAGCCGUGUUUGGUGAGGUGAUCUAAGGGACAGACGUACGAGGCUACCGAAGUCGACCACGUGGUUAUGAGUGUGCAUCACCCACGCCAAGGGUUUUCGGUACACACCAAACGAGACUUCUGCAAAGCAAUACUUUCUUACCCAACCUGUUAGGACAAUUAAAGGUGCAUUAAAAUACAUCAAGACUGAUUAUAGCAAUCGUAGUUGAACAUCUGUCCACUGGCCCUUAACGUCCUGCGAGAAACGCGUCUACAUAGUUUGGAAGGAGCUAGAGUAAAUUUAUACAACGAAGAAGCUGAUUUUGUUGACUACUUGCGAGUAAACGUCUUUUGAAUUUAAAAGAAAUAAUCACUGAAACAAACAGAACGUCCAUUGACUUCGAUAGUCUUAUUCGCGAAGAGAGCUGCACAGUGAGUGGUCCAAUCGAGGAAGUGAAGAAGGAAGCAGGUCGAAGUGAAGCGUCUGAAGAUUUGACAAAUUAAUUGACACCGGUCGGAGAGAUAAAUCAGUGAGAAGGUCAAGGAUAAUUAAAGAAAAAAAACGCGGUUGGAAUUGGCUACCCUAGGAGAGCUGCAAAACAGCAAAAUCCCGCCCGCAGGGGAUCGUGAACAUAAAGAGGAUCAGGUGGAAGUUGUCCAGUCCAGGUCAACGCUCGGCGUCAGUAGGCCGUAUCAGAGCCCUCAACAAGGAGGGUGGGUGCAGUGGUGCAGUGGUUGCAGGAGGGCCAGGGAGGUUGGGGUGGCCUCGUCCACAGGCGCCUUGGCACCAAGUGCACCGGGCCCCGGGGCUGCGGUGGUGGGCUGCCUUGUUGGGGUGUACCCGUGUUCUCCCUCCUCCACGGGGCCCAGGGGCCCCCUAACUCAUCACCUCCAGGCUAUACCGAGUCAGCAACAACCGAUUGGUUGCCGUGCCUGUUGCUGCGUGCAUAGCGAUCACCAGCCAGCUUCGGUCCAGCUUACCAGUCAGCGGGGCGGUCUAUCGCUGAGGGUAGCGAGGGUGGCGUCCACCACCUCCGUCCGAGCCGCCCCCUACGCCCACCCCCAGCACCAGGGGCUGGGGCAGGAGUGCAGGUGUAGGGAGGAGACGGGGGCAUUGGGUGGAGGUGGUGCGCACAUCCUCGGCAGCCCGAUGCUGUUCGUCCCGUUCACGGUGCCCACCUUCCCCGCGACGCAUCACCAGACGACCCACCCUGCGCAUCAGACGCAUCAUCAACAGCUGCAGGCCACUACCCAGAAUCCGGUGCAGCAACCGCAACAACUCACCCAGCUCAAUCAGCUGAGCCACCUGAAUCACCAAGGCAUUGUGCCGGCUACCACCAACCAGCCGACCAUACACAGCACCAGUUGUUCGCCGCAGCAACAAGCGACGACACCGAAUAAGGAGAUGAAAGUUAACUGGGUGACGUCUCCGGGAAACCAACCAAAACAAGACACCAGCAAACACUACCACAUAUUUGUUGGAGAUCUGAGCCCGGAGAUCGAGACGCAGACUUUAAGGGAAGCCUUCGCUCCUUUCGGCGAAAUCUCAGAUUGCAGAGUCGUGAGAGAUCCACAGACACUCAAAUCCAAGGGUUAUGGGUUUGUUUCCUUUGUUAAAAAAGCAGAAGCGGAAAGUGCCAUCGGUGCCAUGCAUGGACAAUGGUUGGGUAGCAGGAGUAUUCGAACGAAUUGGGCGACUCGCAAACCUCCCGCGCCAAAAUCUGAAGCAAAUGCGAAGCCAUUGACGUUCGACGAAGUGUACAAUCAAAGUAGUCCAACCAACUGCACGGUAUAUUGCGGAGGACUAACCAAUGGUCUAACAGAAGAAUUAAUGCAAAAAACCUUCUCGCCUUUUGGAUCCAUCCAAGAGAUUCGUGUAUUCAAGGACAAGGGUUAUGCAUUUAUCAGGUUUUCUACCAAAGAAUCGGCGACACACGCUAUUGUGGCGGUACACAACACCGAUAUCAAUGGCCAGACAGUGAAGUGCAGCUGGGGCAAGGAGAGCGGAGAUCCAAACAAUGCUCAACAAACUGGACAGGCGUUAUCGUCGGCGACGUACCCAUACUACGCGGCGGCAGCAGCUGCCGCCGCGGCGGCGGCGGGUGUCGCGGGCGUCGGAGGCGUCGGUGGCGUCGGCGGUGCUGGACAGCUCGGAUACUGGUAUCCGCCCCAAUCUUAUCCAACGACAGCGACGCAGAUGCAGGCCGGUGGUUUUCUUCAAGGAAUGCAAGGAUACACUUACGGACAAUUCGCUGGGUAUCAACAGGCGCAAUAUAUGGGAAUGGGAAUGGGCGUUCAUGCCGCUGGCACGGCAGCAGGUUGGGGCCAGGGAUUACCGGGGGGACCACAGUUACCGCCACACCAUGCCACGACGGUCACGGCACCCCCAGGGGUGCAAGCCGCACCCCCACCACCACCCCCUCCAGCGCAAAUGAUGGCUUACCCGAUGCAACAGUUCCAGCUAGCGGAUGAGGACUGGCUGACGCCUAGCCUUCUAGUGUGAUGGUAAGCAAGUACACCCAACCAACAGGAACAACAACAGCAACAACAGUUACCACCACCAUUAUCACAACAACCACAACAACCACCAACAACCACAACAACAACAACAAAAUUUCCGUCACCAUCGACGCCACCGCGACUGCAAAAGCGACAAAGAUCAUGCCGCUUCCGGCUUGAUAGAAAACUAGAAGGGCAAUAAUCGCCUAGGAAAAGUAUUUUCAAAAAAAUUAAAAUUAAAAUCACAUACAUAUAUCUUGAUGAACAAUAGACAAAAAGGAGAAUGAAUAUGUAGUCUCUCUAAAAAAAAAAAAGGGAAAGAAAGAAAGAAACGAAUAGAAAUCUCUCACGUCCAAAUUCAACAGAGAAAAUAAAGAAACUAAAAAGAGGAACGCCAGGUGUAACCGUGAAACGAAAAUCAGGAGGUAUCCUCUCGUCCAGUCUAGUAAGGAUAAUGUAACCGUUUCUCUCGGCUUGAAUUUAAUAGAUAGCGUUGCCGUCACGGUAGUGUCAAAGCUUCGGUAAUGAAACACGAAUUCCGGGAUACGCGGACCACCCAAUGUGAUCAUCAAAGACCUGUUUGUAACGUAAACAGCCAAUAUUUUCUCUCUCUCUCUGUGUGUGUGUAUGUGUGUGUUUCUGUGUGUGUCGCAUCGUCCGCAAAAGGAUCGGUUAACAAGAAGAGAAACGAGCAGCUCGAAAAGAAUGGUAGAAAAGAAAGAAAGGGGAAGAAAAAAAAAAAAAGAAAUACCGUGUGAUUCGACACCGAGAAAGACAGAAAGAAAAACCAAUCGACGGGAUCGCAGCCAAUUACAACGUGACCCGUAUAACCCGGAUUCAUUAUUUUUGUAGUUUUCGGCUUAACAGUGAGAAGAUACAUUUUAUUGAGUCGAUGACGUGAACGGAAGCGCGAUACGACGGCCGACAAAAUGAAACUAUUUAAUCAAUGGUGUAUAAAUGACGAAUUAGAAGGAGAGAUCAACGGAACACGUGCACACUUCGUGAAGAAUAUAUAUAUACAUAAAUUAAAUUUAAAAGAAACACAAAAAAAAAAAUCACGAAGAAGAAGAAGAAGAAGAAGAAGAAGGGGUUAUUAUAAACGAAAAUCCAACCGUAGUUAGAUAGUUAGGUAGGUACGUUAUAAUGAAACCGUUGCUCGAGGGCUAUUCGAAAUUCGGCGGGAACAGACCUCCAAGCGAAAUAAAAUUAAAAAGAAUAGUAAAACUCGACGAUUCCGCGCUCCAUGAGAAACUGUUUCAUCUUCUCGCGAACCACGGAACUGAUAGAUCCACGCGUAUUCAAAGAGAUUCCUCUUUGCCGUUGUUAGAGGAACCUCCCUCUUCGGUUGUUCCGUUUCUUUGUACAUCAGACUCAUGUUCGCCAGACGAAAAGAAAAGAAAAAAGAACAAAAAAAUGAAAAAAAGAAUAACAGUCGAGAAGUCGUUUUUAUUGUUCGAUUUGAUCCUUCUGAUCGCGACACUUAGACAGUUGGAUAUUUUUAUAAAAGAUGAUCAGUCGUAUGCGCCGAGACGUGUCUUUUGCUGAACAGAUGUAGCGUCCGGUGAUUCGGUCGGCUCUCAAUCAAUCGUGUUUUCGGGUCUACCGUGGUUUUUAACUUAAUACCUUAGAUUUUUAUAUAAUACCAUAGAACCAAAAGAAGAAACGGGAAUAAAGGUCUGCACUUAAAGACGCUUAAGCAAUAAAUCGUUAAGCUUAAGGAAGAGAACGAUACCUUGCGUCUCUCUGCUGUAAACUCGCUCUUCGAGCUGUCCAGCUUUGUGAAACUACGAAUUCGCGACAACGAAAGGGUGUAUAGAUCAUUUUUUGGGGGGGAGGGUGAAUUUUGAAGAGGAUGAAAAAAAUAUAGGGAUGAAUCUCGAGCCAUGGUCUGUCUUACGUCCCGAAUUUCGACUUUGCCGAUUUAAUGAAAACAAAGAAAAUGGUAAAAUGAGAUUGAAAGCAUGCAUGGAGGGAACGAGCACGCUAGCAGUAUAAGAUAAAUAAAGGGGGGGUGAGAAUGAGUGAGAGUGAAAAAACAAUGAAAAUUACAGCACAAGAGAGACGAGAAAGAAAUUAAACAAUUCGUAGGUAGACACAUUGCACAAACAGCACGAAAGUUAGAUUAGAUGAGUCGAAUUCAUUCCUCGCGAAUGUGUAUCUUGUCCUUUGACUCGAUCACUCAAUGGUUGCCUCUAUUUCAUUCCGUCGUAUCGAGAAAUUAAAUUGUUCAAAACUAUUGCCAGUUGCUAACAAAAGGAAUGAUUAACAAUGAGGUGGUACUAUCUUUGGAACACUGAUUUUGAUUAAAACUUUGCAGAUUUAUAGGAAGUUCAAUAUAUAGCCACCAUCUAGUGGAUCGAUUUUGAUAUUUCUAUCAAUUAUAGAUUUAAACAUUCACAGAAUAUCAAAAUGAAACCAUGUAAUGGUGGUUUAAGAUGGCAUAUUGCGCCCCAAAUUGGUUUAUUUAAAUUAUAACACAUAUUGCAUUAGAUAUUCAGUCGCAGAUAUAUUAAGAUCAACAUGUGUGGGAAUGGCUUAAGGCGACAUAUCACUCUUAAAUUGAUUUAUUUUGGUCAUAGCAUAUCAUUUUAUUGUCCCUGUGCCCACCGUUGCAUUAAAUGCACAGUCCACUAUAGUCUUGAACAGCGAUGGGCAUUGGAGUAAUAACACAAUAUAUUAUAAUCUAAAUAAAACAAUUUGAGACGUGACAUAUCGUCUUAAACCGCUGCCACAUGUGUCAUUCUUGAUACCUCUAGAAAUGAUCUUUUUUGUUUAUAAUAAAUAGAUGAAUAUUGCAUGUGUCACCAAUAUACUGUAGGUAUUUAUGCAAAUGCAUAUUUUUAUAGGAAAUGGGUAAAAAUGAGUCCUAAAUGGUCCUGAAUAUAUAUUUUUUAUUUUGCAUAAUUGCAAAGAAUGAAAUUUCAUCUCUCUUUUUGAUUUUAGAACCUUUUAUGUCCCCUAUAAUUCUGCAAAAUUGAUGUUUCGAAGGUCGCACAUUCUCUUUUUAAGAAAACGACGAAUUCCAGCCGGUAUUUUGUCAAAUAAUGGCUUCAGCUUUAGACUAUUCUUACCCCAUGUUUUAUCCCUUUCGAUUUUAAGCACGAUCCAAAGCUAUUCUCCCUCUGUUCCAACCCCUUCGAAUCAUCCAUCGACAGUCUCGUUGCGUAUCGAUAAUGAAACUGUCUCGUCAUAAAAUCCAGCAGUUUCACUGUGUUACGGUGAAACCUUCGGGAUUUAGAUGAGCAAAAAGAAAAUGGGGAGUAGAAGAAACGAUAUACGGUGACUUUGUUGUUAAUUGAAAAGAUAGACGGAUCGUGCUUUAAACGAAUCAAACGAACGUUCAACGUUCACGAAUCAAAACUUCGAUGAUCAAAGAACGAUGUAAAAAAGUUGAUAUUGAAUGGCGAUCAAACGUGAAAGAAUGAUUAUAAAAGUAGAGAUAGAAAUAUAAAAAAAAAAUAAUAAAUGAGUUAUUAAUUUGCCUUAUUUUCACUUUUAAUAUUUUUCAUUUGGAUUGAAGACCUUAUCAAGUCAAUUUUUAUUGUCUAUGUAUCUUAAUAAAAUCAAUGAAAAUGUAUAAUAGAUGAACAAUAAAGGUUUGUUUAAUAAGGGUUUCAAUCCAGAGACAAAAUUUUAAAAGUAAAAGUGUAGUGAAAUUAAUAACUCACUUCUUCUUUUUUUCCUGAAGCAACUACUUCAUCUCUAUUUUUAUAUAAUUACUUGAAGUUAAAAAUUUGCAAUUGACGAGAGAAUGACGAUGAAAUCAAACAUUAGGGUUUAGAAAUUAAUCAUUAAAAUUAAUGAAUUUUCCGAGUGAUUCCAUAGGUAGCACAUGGUUAUGGAUUAUAAAAGGUGUGCCUUCAGUCCAUCUCGCGGACCACAAAUAUUUCGUGCCAUUAAUUCCUUCGUAAACAUAAUAUCGUUCUAUAUUUCGAUGGGCGAACACGAGCAAACGUUUACACGCUUGAAACAUAUAAAACGUAAGUUUAUGUAAAUCUCCAGUGUAUACGUGACCCGAAAAUCUCUUAGUGUCUUCCCAGUAUGAAGAAUCAUCAAAAAAUUGAAAUUCAAACGUAGUAUAAUAUUUGUUGAAAUUUAUUACGGACCAUUAACUUAAAAAAAAAAAAAAUUGGAGAAGCCUAAUUACUAGAAUGAACCCUUAAUGCUUGCAAAUAGAAACUUUCGUUUGGUAAAGUUCGUUUUCGCCUGAUAAAGAAACCUGUAAACGAAUCAAAAACUUAAUGAACAAAUUUCUAUCGUGUACCUAAAAAACAUAAGAAUUGUGGCCCAAGAUACGAAACAACACCAAAUAUAUUUCACCGUAUGUCCGUCAAUUGUUUUUUACAUAAAAAAAAAAUUGAUCAACGCGCAAGAUAUUAAUAAAAAAUCGUACGAAAAUACAACGAAAUAACUCAAAAUUCAAUACUGUAUGUCACUCGGAAUAGUGAAUGUAAAAUGAUUGGCAAUUUUUUUGAGGAAAAGAACAAGAAAAUGCUUUCCAUUUCUCGACCCGUAAUAAUUCGCAGCCCGAAAAGAACACGAUACCGAUCGCGAGGAAAGAAACGAAAGAAUUAUAAAUAAAUAUAUACAUACAUAUAAAUACAAAAAAUAUAUAUAUAUAAACUAUCGUGCAGCGGCGACGAAAGCUGUUAUUUUGAAUCGUCGUGAAGUGAAAGAAGGAGAAGAAAAAAAGAAAGAAAAAAGAAACCAGAAAGCGCUGUGCGUGAGAUAAAAUAGCUUUUAAGUGGCGACUCGAAGUACAUUGUAAGUGAAACAAAAUAUCGUGUACAUUAUUAGCUAGGCGAACGAUUAAAAAAGAAAAAUGAGAAAAAAGUAAAAAUAUAGGUUAUUUUUUGAGAAGUGGAACGAGCGAGAGAAGAGGAUAGGUAAGGGUCAAAGUGUACGAGGACAAAAUCCUAAGGUUGGAUUUUUAAUGAAAAGAGAAAAAAAAAUUGAUUAAAGAAAAGAGCAAGAAAAUCAAAUCACAAGUCUUGGUACACUUUCUACCCUUAAAUACUUCCUUCGCCCGUAUAAUCACCCCUUCUCGACUCGAUUCCACUUUUAGCGGAAAAAAAAUGAGAAAGAGAGCGAUCCCCCCACUCUUUUAAAGAAUCAGCCGGGGAUCCUCGUCCUGUAAAAAAAAAAUAUUUGGAAAAUUAUCGCCUUGACCGUUGAGGCGAUAGUAUCGAAUAUAUUGUCUAGGUAAUAAAUCAAGAAAAAAAAAAUGGAAACGAUGCUGGCCAAGUGAAAGUGGCGCAAAGAGGAAACCAAAAUGUAGCAUAAAGUGAUAAGUAGAUAAUUAAUGUAUAUCUAAUUUAGUAGGAGUUUCGGAAAGUAAACGAACACGAAGCGAGAAUAGAAAAUCAAGGAAAAUUAUAACGUGUAAAAAGUUUAGGUAAAAGAGUGUGUGAUGCUUCGAGCAAGAACAAGAAAUAAGAAUGAAAGGGAGUGAGAGCACGCAAGAGUGAUACAUUUAAUACAAACCAAACAAACAAAAAAUGAUAAAACGCAUAUAUGGUACCUAAGUCAUGUGCAUAAUCGCGCCCAGAAUGAAAUACAUAACAAAUGGACAGUUGUUACACUUACGCACGCACAAGAAAAAGAUGAUACACAUACACGAAACUCUUACAGAAAAAAAAAUACACAGCGUACAUGUAAAACGUAGUGAGGAACUUAACAACAGCUCUAAACGUAGUUUAAUCUAGUCUAGCUUCGCUAGGUUAACAAAUAAGAAGAGAAAAAAAAUGUUCACGUAAAAUGGAAAAAAAAUAGCGCAAUAACUAUAUCCGCAGAUCACAAUCAGCACCGUAACACAGCACAACACGAGUACACCGAUACACAUACGCAAACGUUCAUACACUAAAUUCAGGGAUUUUAACCCCUAACCCGAGUUAGGUUGGGUUCUUUAAUGUAAAAUCGAAACCUUCAAACCCAAUCAUAAAAAAAAAUCAUAAAAGAAUAAAUGUGAUGGGACAGGUGUUGGGCUAGGGGGUAAGGUAAUUGACUUCCACGCAGCUUGACCAGGGUUCAAAUCCCGGUUAGGAGGAAUAACACCAACCCCUCCUAGUUUUUUCAUAAAUUCCUACGUAACAAUAUAUCCUGUUAUAAACAGCAUUGUGAAAAUUUAAUAUUUUCAUUGUUAUUGGCUGAGAAAUAAUUUAAUUUAAAAAAGCAGCUUUUAAAUAGUGUUGAAAAUUCCAAGCUUAAAUUCGAGUAUUAAACUAUGGCAGUUGUUAUUUGCAUAAAAAUAAUUGUAACCCUCAACCAGUCGUCAAAUGAUUUAUUAGCAAAAAUAGUCAAGUAUUAUUAAAAGCAGAGUAUAGUACUGAAAA